GGGAAGCGCGUCCGCUGGGAAGGGGGGACCCGCCGGACCCUCCCCGACCACCCCAAACGCUUCGACUCGUCCCGCUGCGUCCUGGCCCUGCAGGGCUUCACCUCGGGCCGCCACUACUGGCGAGUGGAGGUGGGGGCCGGGGGGGCCGCCUGGGCGCUGGGGGUGGCCAAGGAGUCCGUGCCCAGGAAGGGCCGGCUCCGCGUGGAGCCCGGGGGGGGGAUUUGGGCCGUGGGGCAGUGCGGGAGCCGCUGCCAAGCCCUGGCCUCGCCCGCCGUGCCCCUGGCCCUGCGGGACCCCCCCCGGGUGGUGGGGGUCUACCUGGACUACGAGGGGGGGCGAGUGGCCUUUUUCGACGGGGGGGAGGAGGAGGAGCCGAUGUUCGCGUAUCCCCCGACCUGCUUCGGGGGGGAGAGGGUCCUGCCCCUGCUCUGCCUGGGCAGGGGGGGGCAGUUCACGCUGUGCCCGUGACCCCCCCCGGCCCCGUGACCCCCCCGCUCCUGGAAAAUUCCCCUUUUCCCGGCUUUUCUAUCAACGAGAAGGAACAAGUUCGGGACGAUCCCGAUCCGAGAGAUUUUCUGCUCUGCCUGGGCAGGGGGGGACAGUUCACACUGUGGCCAUGACCCCCCCGUCCCUGUGACCCCCCCCCGUCCCCGUGACCCCCUCGCUCCUGCCUCGCCCACCAGGGAGGAAUUUUGGGCUGGAAAAAUUCCCUUUUCCACGUGGUUUCCGUCAACGAGAAGAAACAAGUUUGGGACGAUCCCAAUCCAAGAGACUUUCUGCUCUGGUGUGGGGUGAGGGGGAGGAGAGGGGGAAGGACCCGAAAUAAAGGGAAACUGGGAAUGAUGGGGUCGGGCAGAACAACCUGGUGGCGUCUGGGGGCACCAGGAUCGUGUCCUGGGAUCUUGGGAUCCACUGGGGUCAAAUCCCAGGACCUGGGAUCCAUUGGGGUCACAGCCUGGGGUGCAUCGGGGUCAA